CAACAAGGUCCUCCCCUUUCCUCCCAGCAUCCCACCCCAACUCCAGGUCAGGAAAUCCUCCUCCACCUUUUCCCUAGCCUCCAGCCGGCUUCUGAAUAUAGGCUCCAGGGAAUGGAACAGCUUAGCAUAGACUAGGUUUUUGGGCGGCCUCUAGAGUUCCCUUCAUUGCUCUUCCCUUCUGGCAAAGUCCCUUGCCCAGGUCUGACCAGGAUCCUGGCUGCACCAAACCUGUUCCUUACCUAGGCUCGAGCUGCGUGCCAGCUCUGGGGGAGGGAGCAGGGAGCCGAAGCCGUCAGAAGAGGAGGGGGAGGGGGAAGAGGCGGAAGAAACUGACGUGGCUCUCUGAGAUGGAGCCCAGCGUGAUUCAUCAGCAGGAGCUGUAGCGGAGGAGCCUGCUUCUGGCCCCAGGCGGGAUGGGGGAAGCGUCCUGAGCGCUCAGUAGAGGCGCGGUGCGCGGACCUUUCCAGCCGGCUAAGGUGGAGAGGAAGACCAAGCUUUGUCGUACCCCGGCGUCUACGGUCAGUUCUUUUCCUUUGGUCGCGGAGUGCCCACGAAGGUCAAGAUGGAAGAGAUCCUGAGAAAGCUGCAGAAGGAAGCGUCCGGGAGCAAAUACAAAGCCAUCAAGGAGAGCAGCACCUUGGCCGUAGAAAUGCUGAGUGGUCCAGAUACCAUUGUCAAGAUUCCAUCUUACCAGCUGAGGGAGAAAUGUCUUCUUCCUCUCCAACUUGCUUUGGAAUCCAAGAAUAUGAAAUUGGCUCAAUAUGCUCUAGCAGGGAUGCAGAAGCUGCUGUCGGAUGAGAGAUUUGUCUCCAUGGAAACAGACUCUGAUGAGAAGCAGUUGCUUAAUCAGAUCCUGAAUGCUGUCAGAGUGACUCCUUCCCUCAAUGAAGACCUGCAGGUAGAAGUGAUGAAGGUUUUACUUUGCAUAACUUAUUCAUCCACCUUUGACAUGAAUGGAAGUGCAGUGCUGAAGAUUGCAGAGGUGUGCAUUGAGACAUAUGUAUCUAGCUGUCACCAACGUAGUAUUAACACUGCUGUGCGGGCAACUCUGAGUCAAAUGUUGAGUGAUUUGACUUUACAAUUACGGCAAAGGCAGGAGAACACGAUUGUUGAGAACCCAGAUAUUCCUCCAGUUUUGGGAAAACAAGGUUCAACUUUAGAAACCCUCUGUGAUGAUGUCGUCUCUGUCCUCUCUGUCCUGUGUGAGAAGUUACAGGCUGCAAUAAAUGAAAAUCAGCAGCUGCAACUUCUUUACCUGGAAUGUAUUCUGUCUAUGCUCAACAGUUGCUCUACAACCAUGCAUAGCCACAAAGGUUUCACUGACCUCAUUUGGAAGCACCUGUGUCCAGCUCUUGUAGUGAUCUUGGGAAAUCCAAUUCAUGAUAAAACUAUCACCUCUGCUCACAGCAACAGCAUCAGCCUUGAGUCUGACUCCUCUUCCUCCGGGGUUUCUGAUCAUGGCCGAGGAUCUGGGUGUUCUUCCACAGCACCUGCUCUCAGUGGGCCUGUGGCCCGCACAAUUUACUACAUUGCAGCUGAGCUCAUCCGUUUGGUGGGGUCAGUGGAAUCCAUGAAGCCAGUGCUGCAGUCCCUUUAUCAUCGAGUAUUGCUCUAUCCUCCACCCCAACACCGUGUGGAAGCCAUCAAAAUCAUGAAAGAGAUACUUGGUAGCCCCCAGAGGCUCUGUGACCUGGCAGGGCCAAGCUCCACUGAAGCCGAAGUCAGGAAAAGAUCAGUCUCAAAAAGAAAAUCACAUCUAGAUCUUCUCAAACUCAUUAUGGAUGGAAUGACAGAAGCUUGUAUAAAAGGUGGCAUUGAAGCCUGCUUUGCCUCUGUGUCCUGUGUCUGCACUCUACUUGGAGCAUUAGAUGAACUUAGCCAGGGUAAAGGUUUGAGUGAGGAACAGGUGCAGUUACUUCUCCGGCGCAUCGACGAGUUGAAAGAUGGGGCUGAAUCGAGCCGCGAAUCUAUGGAGAUCAAUGAAGCUGACUUUCGGUGGCAAAGGCGAGUCCUGUCCUCAGAACACACCCCAUGGGAAUCAGGAAAUGAGAAGAGCCCCGACAUUAGCAUUAGUGUUACCACGGAUACAGGUCAGACCACUUUGGAGGGUGAAAUGGGGCAGACCACGCCUGAGGAGAACCCCGAAAAUCAAAAGAGUUGUUUAAAGUCGCCAGCCGUACAAGAGAGUAAGGAAAUUCUAAGGAGAGAGCGAGAAUCAGACGCGAUAGACCAACCAGAUGUUGUUCAGAGAAGCCACACUGUUGUUUACCCUGACAUAACUAAUUUCCUGUCCGUUGAUUGCAGGACGAGAUCAUACGGAUCCAGAUAUAGUGAGAGUAAUUUCAGUGUAGAUGAGCAAGACCUUUCUAGGACUGAAUUUGAUUCCUGUGAUCAGUACUCCAUGGCAGCAGAAAAGGAUUCUGGGAGGUCUGAUGUGUCCGACAUUGGGUCUGAUAAUUGUUCUCUAGCUGAUGAAGAGCAGACCCCGAGGGAUUGCCUGGGCCACAGAUCUUUGAGGACCGCUGCUCUCUCGUUAAAAUUGCUGAAGAGCCAGGAGGCGGAUCAGCACAGUGCCAGGUUGUUUGUGCAAAGCCUGGAAAACCUCCUUCCUCGGCUCCUUGCCCUCCCCACUGUGGAAGAAGUGGACUCUGCCCUCCAGAACUUCUCUUCAACCUUCUGUUCAGGUAUGAUUCACUCUCCUGGAUUUGACACCACCAACAGCCUCAGCUUUCAAAUCCUGAUGAAUGCGGACAGUCUCUACAUGGUCUCACACUACACUCUCCUGCUCAACCUGAAGCUCUCUAAUGGCGAUUACUACAGAAAGAAGCCAACACUCGCACCUGUCAUGUUGAAAGAGUUUAUGAAGCAGGUCCAAACCAGUGGGGUGCUCAUGGUUUUCUCUCAAGCUUGGAUUGAAGAACUUUACCAUCAGGUGCUUGAUAGGAACAUGCUUGGUGAAGCAGGUUAUUGGGGAAGUCCCGAAGAGCACAGCCUGCCCCUCAUCACUAUGCUAACUGAUAUUGAUGGCUUGGAGAGCAGUGCUAUAGGUGGCCAAUUGAUGGCAUCAGCUUCUACAGAGUCUCCUCUCACCCAGAACCAGAGAACAGAUGAUUCCAUAGUGGCAGGUGUUGCUUUUGCCCGUUAUAUUUUGAUUGGCUGCUGGAAGAACUUGAUUGAUACUUUGUCUACACCCUUGACUGGUCGCAUGGCUGGAAGCUCCAAAGGACUAGCAUUCAUUCUGGGUGCUGAAGGAAUCAAAGAACAGAACCAGAAAGAACGAGAUUCCAUCUGCAUGAGUCUUGAUGGACUGAGGAAAGCAGCUCGACUGAGCUGUGCUUUAGGAGUGGCUGCUAAUUGUGCAUCAGCACUUGCUCAGAUGGCUGCUGCUUCUUGUGUACAGGAAGAGAAAGAGGAAAGGGAAGUUCAAGAACCCAGUGAUGCUAUAACCCAAGUGAAACAAAAAGUGGAACAGAAACUGGAGCAGAUUGGGAAGGUUCAGGGAGUAUGGCUGCAUACAGCCCAUGUUUUGUGCAUGGAUGCCAUCCUCAAUGUGGGCCUGGAAAUGGGAAGCCAUAAUCAGGAUUGUUGGCCACAUGUGUUCAGAGUAUGUGAAUACGUUGCAACAUUGGAGCACAACCAUUUCAGUGAUGGCACAACUCAGGCAGCUCUGCCCAUCAGUCAGCCUCAGAAGACUUCUGGAGGGACAGGAGUUCUGGCAGAUUAUGAAUCAGAACAUUUUCCCCAAGACUCACACCUCCAGCCCGACAACUCUCUGCACAGCACACCCAUCAUUCAGCAGCUAUCCAUUCAGGAGCUCAUUAAGGAGGGCCGGAAGGGCCGAGCCUUUGAUUUUCGUUGUGGUAGCCUUUUGAGUGGGAGCAGUGCUGCCAAGGCUGUCCUCACCCUUUCCACCCAAGCUGACAGGCUCUUUGAAGAUGCUGCGGACAAGCUGAAUUUAAUGGCAUUGGCAGGCUUCCUCUACCAGUUAAAAAAAGCAUCUCAAUCACAGCUUUUCCACUCUGUUACAGACACUGUCGAUUACUCUUUAGCAAUGCCAGGAGAAGUUAAAUCCACUCAAGAUAGGAGAAGUGCUCUCCACUUGUUCCGUCUUGGAGAUUCAAUGCUCAGAAUAGUCCGGAGUAAAUCUCGGCCACUUCUCCAUUUCAUGCGUUGUUGGAGCCUUGUUGCUCCUCAUCUGGUAGAGGCUGCCUGCCAUAAAGAAAGGCAUGUUUCUCAGAAGGCAGUCUCCUUCAUCCAUGACAUCCUUACAGAGGUUCUAACAGACUGGAGCGAGCCCCCUCAUUUUCAUUUCAAUGAAGCACUGUUCCGUCCCUUUGAACGCAUCAUGCAACUGGAAUUAUGUGAUGAGGAUGUCCAGGACCAGGUAGUCACAUCAAUAGGAGAGCUGGUUGAAGUGUGUUCUACUCAGAUACAGUCAGGAUGGAGGCCUUUAUUCAGUGCCCUGGAAACAGUGCAUAGCAGUAAUAAAUCAGAAAUGAAGGAAUAUCUUAUAGGAGACUACUCCAUGGGAAAGGGUCAGGCCCCUGUGUUUGAUGUCUUUGAAGCCUUUCUGAACACGGACAACAUCCAGGUGUUUGCCAAUGCAGCCACCAGUUAUAUUAUGUGCCUUAUGAAGUUUGUGAAAGGAUUGGGAGAAGUAGAAUGUAAAGAGAUCGGGGAUUGUGUACCAGGUUCAACAUCAACAUCAACAGACUUGUGCCUUCCCGCUCUCGAUUACCUCAGGAAGUGUUCUCAGUUGCUUGCCAAAAUCUACAAGAUGCCCUUGAAACCAAUUUUUCUUGGUGGGAGACUUGCCAGUUUGCCUCGGAGAGUUCAAGAGAACUCAGCUAGUAGUGAGGAUGGGAUCGAAUCGAUACUUUCUGAUUUUGAUGAUGAUACUGGUCUUAUAGAAGUCUGGAUCAUCCUUUUAGAACAACUGACGGCUGCUGUAUCCAAUUGUCCUCGCCAGCACCAACCUCCUACCCUGGAUUUACUCUUUGAACUCUUGAGAGAUGUUACCAAAGUACCUGGACCAGGGUUUGGAAUAUAUGCAGUUGUACAUCUCCUCCUUCCUGUGAUGUCUUUGUGGCUCCGCCGUAGCCAUAAAGAUCAUGCUUACUGGGAUGUUGCCUCAGCCAAUUUCAAGCAUGCCAUUGGUUUGUCCUGUGAACUGGUGGUGGAACAUAUCCAGAGCUUUAUACACUCAGAUAUUAGGUAUGAAAAUAUGAUCAACACAAUGCUAAAAGAUCUUUUCGAGUUAUUGGUAGCAUGUGUGGCUAAGCCGACAGAAACUAUCUCCAGAGUUGGCUGCUCUUGUAUUCGGUAUGUCCUUGUAACUGCAGGGCCUGUUUUCACUGAAGAAAUGUGGAGGCUUGCAUGUUGUGCAUUACAGGAUGCAUUCUCUGCCACACUAAAACCAGUGAAGGAUCUAUUGGGCUGUUUCCACAGUGGCAAUGAAAGUUUCAGUAGUGAUGGCUGCCAGGUAAGAGUGGCAGCCCCUUCUUCUUCCCCUAGUGCUGAGGCGGAAUACUGGCGGAUCCGAGCCAUGGCACAACAAGUAUUCAUGUUAGAUACUCAGUGCUCACCAAAGACUCCAAACAACUUUGAUCAUGCUCAGUCCUGUCAGCUGAUCAUCGAACUGCCUCCUGAUGAAAAGCCAAAUGGGCACACCAAGAAAAGUGUCUCUUUCAGGGAAAUUGUGGUGAGCUUAUUGUCUCAUCAAGUGCUGCUCCAGAACUUAUAUGACAUCUUGUUAGAAGAGUUUGUCAAAGGCCCUUCCCAACAAGGAGAAGAGAAGACAGUUCAAGUGCCAGAAAACAAGUUAGCUGGUUUCCUCAGGUAUAUCUCCAUGCAGAAUUUGGCCGUCAUCUUUGACUUGCUGUUGGACUCCUAUAGAACAGCCAGAGAGUUUGACACCAGCCCAGGGUUGAAAUGUCUACUGAAGAAAGUAUCGGGCAUUGGAGGAGCAGCCAACCUGUACCGCCAGUCUGCAAUGAGCUUUAACAUCUAUUUUCAUGCCCUAGUCUGUGCUGUCUUGACCAAUCAGGAGAAUAUCACUGCUGAGCAGGUUAAGAAAGUCCUUUUUGAAGAUGAUGAAAGAAGUACAGAUUCUUCCCAGCAGUGUUCAUCAGAGGAUGAAGAUAUAUUUGAGGAAACAGCCCAAGUCAGCCCUCCACGGGGGAAGGAGAAGAGACAGUGGAGGGCUAGAAUACCUUCUUUGAGUGUCCAGCCUGUCAGCAACGCAGACUGGGUAUGGUUAGUGAAAAGACUUCAUAAACUUUGCAUGGAACUGUGCAAUAAUUACAUCCAGAUGCACUUAGAUCUGGAGAAUAAUGUGGAGGAACCUCCUACCUUCAAGAGUGAUCCUUUCUUCAUUCUCCCCUCCUUCCAAUCUGAAUCCUCUACUCCAUCCACAGGAGGGUUUUCAGGGAAGGAUACACCAUCUGAGGAUGACCGAAGUCAAUCAAGAGACCAUGUGGCUGAUGGCAUGCCCCCAAAGGGAAACAUCGGGGAUAUGUCAGAGCUGCCUCCCAGCCCCAAAGGGGAGAGAAAAGAUCAAAGCAAGAAGAAAGAGUGGUGGGAGAGUGCAGGAAACAAGAUCUAUACCAUGGCCACCGACAAAACUAUUUCAAAGCUGAUGACUGAGUACAAGAAAAGGAAGCAGCAGCAACAUAACCUAGUUCCAUUUGCCAAAGACAUCAAAGUGGAGAAAAAAGGAGAGCAAUUGGGAUCCAGGAGACCAGAUUCACCCCUCCUCCAGCGUCCACAACAUCUGAUAGAUCAGGGCCAAAUGAGGCAUUCCUUCAGUGCUGGUCCAGAGAUUCUGAGGCAAGAGAAGAGGCCCCGCUCUGGCUCAACAGUGAGCACCCUGAGUAUAUCUGUGAGAGAUGCCGAAGCCCAGAUCCAGGCAUGGACCAACAUGGUGCUAACAGUUCUCAAUCAGAUUCAGAUCUUGCCAGAUCAGACGUUUAUUGCCCUUCAGCCAGCAGUAUUCCCUUGUAUCAGCCAACUGACUUGUCAUGUGACUGAUAAUCGUGUUCGCCAGGCUGUAAGGGAAUGGCUUGGAAGAGUGGGCCGAGUCUAUGACAUCAUCAUAUAGAAGAAAUACAUUCCAUCAGUUAGGAGAAGAAAGUAAUGAGGGUUAAAGGUAUGCCAACAAUCUGGUUGACAGCAGUGUCCCAACUCCCCCUUUACCACUUAGGAGAAGGAGCCUGUACAUUUGGAGACAGUAACCCAACAAGAAGUCUUUCAGGAUAUUCAAUCUUUAGCCAGCCACGUGGCUGGUCUAAUGUUCCACCAUGUGAGAUGCAUUGAUCUCACUCGUUGCUUUAGGAGUCUCUGUAUCACUAAAGUACAUCUUUCUAUACGUUGAACAUUAUUACCCAUUGCUACAGCGUGUGAUUGUUGAGGAAAGUCACAUCCAAGGGAUGCCCUUUUGAAAGCACUUUGUCAGCUCAGUGGGAUUAUAUACUAUGGGGCCAUUGCAAUGGAUACCACUCCUUUCCAAAAAAAGAAAAAGCCUAUUAGUAAGUCAGGCUGGUGUCAAACACUCAGAAAAUUAGUAGCAGGUGAUGUUAAUGGUAGGAAGAGCCAGACCACCAGGGCAAUCAGAUAGAGAAGCUGAUACAUGGAUGUUGUUAAAAGAAAGACAACUUUUGCCAAAUAUGCUCAAAAGAUUAUCAGUAUGCUUAUUAGAAAAUCCUCUGUAAAUCAAACUUUAUAAGCAUUUGUACCAUCUUAACCAAGGAGAGUAAGUUCAAGUUUCUGUGUGCCCCUAUUUAUUUAAAGAUCCUUUCCUGAAAGAGUUUGAGAUGUCAGCAGCCCUGGCUCUAUACUCACAAUAUCCAAUGAUUUAUUGGAGUAGUAUUAUUAGAAAACCUAGGAGCUGUCAUAUGGUUAGGAAUGGUUUGCUUGACUCUUAUAACUGAUGUUUUGAGAACAUGCCAGAAAACAGUUUGAAUCAAUGAUUCUCAACUACCCCAGUUUUUCAUUUGUCUGAAUAGAAGGUAAGAUCCUAGAAAAAAAAAUUUUUUUAUACAUCUCACCUUACAUUUAAAAGCAUGAGGCAUAGAUAAGGAAAACUGUGAGUCCUUUGCUGCUGGGAUGAAAAGAUUCUUAUAAGUUGUUUCAAACCCCUUAUAAAAUGAUACCUCAGGGCCGGAAUGGGUACAAGAACUGGAAAGUGUGAUUUAACUAGUUUUAAAUCUUCUUUUAAAAAUCUUUGUUAUGCUUUUUUUAAAUUCAAAAUAUCUUAUUCUGACCUUUUCUUUUUGAGAAGAGCUCUAAAAGGCUCUAAAAUUAAACACAAGUAGUUAAAAAAGAUAAAGUUAUGGAGUAACACUGGACCUGGAAAAGCUAAGGGAUGAGGGGAUCAUUUUGCAUCACAAAGGUCAAAAAUUGAAUGUUUAAUGUAGUUGAGUUCAUUUGUGAAUUAGACAUUAUGUCUCUUUAGAAAGUAGAGAAAUUUUGUAUUCAAGAUCGUUAUAUACUUCAACCAACCCAAUAAACAAGACAAAGGUAGUUAAAGCAUAGGUUAUACUCAUCUUCAUCUAGAUGCUACAAGAGAAGAAAUUUAGGACAUAGCUAUUAAUAAUAGCAGCAUAUUUUAGAUUUCAAAAAACCAUAGGCCAUUCUUCUGAUAAAUUAAUCUUAUGAAGUUCUUGGAAAGUUUUUCAGAAGCAAAAGAUAAUAAUAGAAGAAAUGAUGAUUUUUACCCACCCAUUCCCAACUUCUUAUAUUUCAAAUUGAGUGUCUUAUCAUUCUUGAAAAUAAAACACAAACUAUUUGCCAAGGGAUAAUAAGGAUUUCCUACUGGGUUUUAUCCAGUCUUGAUAGCUAAAAAGCUCCACUUGGGCAGACCAAUUAUUCUUCUUUUAAGGAGGGGUUUUAUGAUCUUGUAUGUUAUCUAGAAGGGUGAGGACUAGCUUUAAGUCCCAAAUUUUUUGAGUGGAUUGUGAAAGACAUUUUUCUCUCCAAUAGUUAGGGGGAAACAAUAUAAUUAUAUAUUAUUCUAUCUAGUAGCAUCCACAAAGAAGAAGGAAAUGUUUUCCUGUUGUAUAAUCCUUGUACCUCAUACUCAUUGUUAAUGUACUCACUAACUUACAUCAUUCCACCAACCAAGAAUUAAUUAAUUUUGGGAGAUUCUUUCCAGCUCUGACAUUUUGUGAAGUAGAUCACCAAAUCAGGUAGACCCUAACUCAGUUUGGCUUCCCAAUAGUUUUAUAAGCUAUGGAUUUCCUAAAUUUUGUUAAGUACAGUUGGUGGCUUUAUAAGUACUUUUAAAAAGAAGACUGAGCUAUCUAUAUUUGGUUUUAUAGCUUAGCUUCCUCCUUGGAAAACCCUCAAGUGUUCUACAAGUUGUGAAACACUGUAUAAACAACACACAUCAUUGGGUUCUAUAUGGAAAGCAAAUGUAUUAUAUUGAAUUCUUUCUUGUAAUUGUAGAAGGAAAAGAAAAACUACCUAUUUUUCUCAGCCAUUAGGUAGUACUGCUUCCUCGUACAGAGAGAAUGACUCAAGGCAAUCUGGAUUAAGUGACCUGCCCAGGGUGACAAAAUUAGUAUGUAUAAGGUGUCUGAGACCAUAUUUGACUUCAAGUCUUCCUGACUCCAAGGCCAGUGCUCAGUCAGCUGUACCAUCUAAGUGGCCCCAGAAUGACUUAAUAAUCCUGGCUGUAGCAGAGAUUUUCCUCCAAAAAAAAAUCCUAACAAUUAAAGCAGCAUCACUGGUCCUAAACUGAGGUUCUCACUUGACAGAAAUUGAAAAACUGUUUACAUUUCUUGAUGAGAGAGUUGGGCUGAUGAUUGUGCAACUCCCUCAUUUAAAUCCAGUCCACACACAAGUCAAGGCAACAUCCUGUGAUAUCAUUUGUCUUCUUCAAAAUGAAGGGCAAACAAUAACAAUCACAACAAAAUUUCUUGCAAAAAUUCUUAAAAGAAGUCAGACCUUUAAAACCAAAUGGGAGUUUAGAAUAGAAACAAGAGUUUGUAAAGUCAUCUGUUGCAGAAUAAAUAAAGGCAAAUCUACGUCAUCCCCAAUUUGUAAACAGUUUAUAAAAAUUCAUUCAUAAAUUAGUUUGGUACUGUUUCCCAUUGAAAUAAUUAUAAAUUGUCAUUAGGUAGCCAGGUAGCUCACAGAAGAUUAACCUAUAAUUUUACUGAGUGCUAGACUUUGUAAAUGGAAUUAGUGGCAUCAUAAGUACUUUUUAAAAGAAGACGGAACUAUCUCUGCCUCCUUGUAAAACCCUGGAGUCUAGAAUACCUGCAUCUGAAUCUAGCCUCAGAUCCUUUCUAGCUGUGUGAGCCUGAGGAUUUCUGCCUCAAUAUCCCCAUCUGUAAAAUGGUGAUAAGAAUGGCACCUAACUUCCCAGAGAGAUCGUGGGGUUAUAAUAUUAUAAAAUUCUUAUCAAAUCUUAAAGCUCUAUGUAAAUCUUAGCUGUUAUUAUUAUAUAAUACUAAUGAGAUGCAAGAAAUCUUAGUAGUUGUCCAGUAGAAUCCGUUCUAAAACAUGUCCAAAAAGGAACUAUCUGUUUGAAGAAAACUACUGAUGAGGAACAAACCACUAAGCAAGGGUGCCUUAAUUCUUUUUUCUGGCUUAAUUUAUUUGCUGUGGCCACAAGUCUCUCAAGAUAAGUUCAGAAUUUGAAACUAGCAGCUUCCCCUCUAUUUCUUUCCUCUUUAAAAAAGAUACUUCUUGAAUCAGACAGAACCCUAAAAGGUAGAAAGGGAGAGUUCUGAUUCUAUGGCCUAAGCAACCUACCUUUAUUCUGUUAAUUAUUCUUCCUUUUUUUUUUUUUUUUUUUUUUUAAAGAAUGGAUAA